AUGGAUAAAAACGAGUUUCGUGUGUUAAUUAAACACUGUUUUUUAAUGGGAAAAAAUACCGUUCAAGCACAGCAAUGGCUUGAAAAGUGUUAUCGGGAAAAGUGCCCAUCGAAAACAACUAUUUGCCGAUGGUAUGCGGAUUUUAAACGCGGUCGAAGAACCACCGAAGACGCGGAGCGCCCAGGUCGUCCAAUUGAGGUGGGAACGCUCGAAAACGUCCAAAAAAUUUUGAAAAUUGUUAUGUCCGAUCGUAAAGUGAAGUUGCAAGAGAUAGCUGACAUCCUAAAGAUAUCAAAAGGCACCGUGUUCAAAAUUAUGCAUGAAAAUUUGGGUAUGAAAAAACUUUUAUCCAAGUGGGUGCCGCGUUUGCUCACAGUGGAACAAAAACAACAACCGAUGGUGAAAUUGAACGAUUUACGAUUCGAAUUGCUUCCACACCCCCCAUAUUCACCAGAUCUGGCCCCAUCUGACUUCUACCUGUUCGCAGAGCUCAAAAAGAUGCUCCAGGGAAAAAGAUUUGGUUCCAAUGAUGAGGUUAUAGCCGCAACUGAAGCCUAUUUUGAGGCAAAAGACAAAUCGUUCUAUAAGAAAGGCAUCGAAAGUUUAAAAAAACGUUGGCAUGAUUGUAUCGCUAUGGAAGGUGACUAUAUUGAUGAAUAA